ACAACAGACCUCUCAAGCCCUUACAGGAUCUAGCCAGGCCUAUAUAUAUAUGUCUCCACUGGCUUGGCUGGGACUGGUCUCUUCUGAGCUAUGUAGUGUAAACCUUUUUUGCUGCUUGCUGGAUCCGUGAUAGCUGAUCUGGGACCUCAGCUGUGACUUCUUUUGGACAACCAAUGAUAUUUAUUAUUGUGCCAAGUUUCUACAAAUAAAAGAUGGGUGGAUUAUUUUCUCGAUGGAGGGCAAAACCUUCAACAGUAGAAGUUCUAGAAAAUAUAGAUAAGGAAAUUGAAGCACUGGAAGAAUUUAGAGAAAAAAAUCAGAGAUUGCAGAAAUUAUGGGUUGGAAGAUUAAUUAUCUAUUCUUCAGUUCUUUAUCUGUUUACAUGCUUAAUUGUGUACUUGUGGUAUCUUCCUGAUGAAUUUACAGCAAGACUUGCCAUGACACUCCCAUUUUUUGCUUUUCCUUUUAUCAUCUGGACCAUAAGAACUGUGCUUAUUUUCUUCUUUUCCAAGAGAACAGAGAGAAAUAAUGAAGCAUUGGAUGAUUUAAAAUCCCAGAAGAAAAAGAUACUUGAAGAAGUCAUGGAAAAAGAAACUUAUAAGACAGCUAAGUUAAUUCUUGAAAGAUUUGAUCCAGACUCAAAGAAAGCAAAGGAGUUUGAGCCGCCAUCUGCUGGAGCAGCUGUAACUGCAAAACCAGGACAAGAGAUUCGUCAGCGAACUGCAGCUCAAAGAAACCUUUCCUCAGCACCAGCAAGCUCUACUCAGGGUCCUCCUCCACAAGUUCCAGUAUCUCCUGGGCCAUCAAAGGAUGCUUCAGCUCCUGGGGGACCUCCAGAAAGGACUAUUGCUCCAGCCUUACCCAGGCGCCUUGGAUCCCCUGCUACUUCAGUGCCUGGAAUGGGCCAUCAUCCUCCAGGUCCACCCUUAGCAAGACCCAUUCUCCCCCGAGAACGAGGUGCUCUGGAUAGAAUUGUUGAAUAUUUAGUUGGUGAUGGUCCACAGAACAGGUACGCCCUUAUAUGUCAGCAGUGUUUUUCCCACAAUGGCAUGGCUUUAAAGGAAGAGUUUGAAUACAUUGCUUUUCGAUGUGCCUACUGUUUUUUCUUGAAUCCUGCAAGAAAAACCAGACCUCAAGCUCCACGACUUCCAGAGUUUAGUUUUGAAAAGAAGCAGGCAGUGGAAGGCUCAAGUUCAGCUGGUCCCAUGUCAUCAGAAAGUGUACCCUUACCAGAGAGCCAGUUCAGUGAAGAAUCUUUAGAAGAACAAGAUGUUCUUGGUAAUAGUACAGAGCAGGGAGAUGACAAAAUACCGGUGGCAGAGCAGACGAGCCAAGUGAUUGAAAAAACAUCUGGUUCAGAGGAGCCAGAGGCGAAACAAGAAGAGACAGAGAAUGAGGAAACGUCAACAAAUGAAGAAGCCAAGUCAACAGUUCUCAGAGCUGAUUCUGUUUCUAAUCUUGAACCAAGUGGAGAAUCUUUGGUGACACAGUAGUAAAUCACUCCAUGUGCCUUCUACUGGA